AUGGUAAAAUUAACCCCAAUCCGUAAAAGGAAGGUCAAAUCAGGAUGCAAAACCUGCAAGAUACGUCGCGUUAAAUGUGAUGAGGGGCGACCAGCUUGUCGACGUUGUGUUUCAACAAGUCGAAUCUGCGAUGGUUACGGCAUCUGGGGCGGUGGUGGAACUCCCUAUGCGCCACCGCAAAGUAAUCGGGCUCUCUCCGUUUACUGCACUCCGGUCCCCUCCGGCUGCCUCAACGCCGAGGAACAAGUUUGCUUCGACUGGCUGAUCAAACGAACCGCAAAGAAGUUCGCUGGUCUGUUUCAGUCGGACUUUUGGGAAAUUUUGAUCUUCCAGGCUAGUGCACAGGAACCCGCCGUCCGCCACGCAGUCAUUGCCCUCUCGUCUGCCCAUCGAUCUGAGCAGCGCUAUAAUUCAAAAGCUGCAGCUGCGUUGAACAAGUUCGAUGGUGAGCGUUUUACUUUGCAACAGUAUAAUAGAGCCAUUCAGUAUCUACGCACCAAUACAAUCCAGACUAGUCAUUCUCUUCGAGUCGCCCUGAUUACAUGCAUGCUCUUUGUCACAUUGGAAUAUUUGCGAGGCCAGUAUCAUAUGGGCAGUGCACAUCUUCGAUUUGGCAUGAAACUCCUCGCCGAUCUUUCCCACCCAGCACGUCGAUCUCCAAUGACUCCUAAAGCUCUGCUUCCCGACGAAGACUUUGCCUACAACGCCCUAGUCGAUGCCUACGCCCGAUUAGGCACUCAAUCCGCCAUGUUUGGUCACAUACCUUCAAAUAUAUGUUUUGUGGCGCAACAUCCGCGAGCUACUCUCCCAUACAUAUUCGCGUCGCUCCUAGAAGCCCGACGCAGUCUGGACGACCACCUGAACAGAAUCCACUGUCUGGAAGCAUUUCACCACGAACACCGCUCACGAAGCAACGAAGAAAUGGUCAACACCCAGAUCCGCAUCUUAGCAGACCUCGCUCUUUGGAAAAAAGCAUACACUGCCACUCUCGCCCGUCUGGAAACCGACAAGACACCCGGCCGAGACAAAUUCGGCUAUCUCCUCUUACGAGUAUACCACGAAAUGGGCACAAUAAUGGCCUCAGUGUGCCUCUCAGAAUCAUCAAAGGAAGAAAUAAUCUUUGACUCGUACACAGAAAACUUCAUAGCAAUAAUGUCCGGAUUCCUCGAUUUGUGGAAAAGCUGGACAGCAACCAAUUUCCGCGAAGCAGACCUCUCAAAAAUAACCACUCAAUCCGCCGACCUCCAAAACAUCUUCAAAGACUUCAAAAGCUUAUCCGACAUGGACUGCAUCCUAGAGUCAUCCCUCCUUGAGAUCCUAGAAAAGUCCGCCUCCAUGAAUGACCUCCUUCAGGCGCCAGACUGUGGCGGGGACGGGUUUACCGUUGAAACCGGAUAUAUCCCGCCUGUAUAUUACACAGCGCUGAAGUGCCGUGUUCCGCGGAUUCGUAGACAAGCUGUUAGGGCGCUGAGAGCGGCGCCUCAUCGAGAGGGAGUAUGGAACGGUCCUCUGUUGGCUAGGGUUUUGGAGGAGGUUAUUGGUCUUGAAGAGGGGGAUUUUUAUGCUGGUGAUGUGGGUCUUAAUUUGCCAACUGGGUGUCUACUUCCUAUGCCAGAGGAUUUGCUGGUACCGAUGGUUUCUGCUGAGGCGAGGGUUUCGGAUGUUAGAGUUAUUCUACCGCAUGAUGUGGCCGGGGAUACUUAUAUUACUUAUCGAAAGAUGGGGCUAGGUGGGGAGUGGGCUACUUAUAAACGGAAGGUUGGGUUGUAA